AUAAAUUACUCAAAUCCUAACCUGGUCAAUAAUAUAAAUACAAGUUUUUAAACAUAACCACGUGUAUGUAUGUUGACAUUUUUAGAAUUACCUGUUAAAAAAUAAAAUAUUUAUCUUAGACUUAUUUAAAAUUGUCAUUAAAUAAUUAUUUUAUUAAAAUAAGACACCAUAAUGUUCUACGCUCUGGGAUAAUACGAAUAACAAAAAUAAUUUUUGUUCAUUAUUUAUGAGAUGUGCUCUCAUUAUUAAGCUAACAAUGAUUGGAUCCGACGACUUAACUUUGUAAUAGUUACUUGUUUGGAUAAAUUUAAUGAACAAUCAACUUUGAAAUUUAAAACAAUAAAUUUAUUCAAAUGUUGUUCACUGUGAUAAGAGUCCAAUCAUCUAAAUUAAAGUACCAGUGUAUUAUUGAAGCCAGAAGAUCAAUAGCUGAAGUAAAAUAUUUGCCUCCAAUAGCAAAGACAAUUCGGGAAGUAACGGUCAUGAUGGAGCACAUGAGUCCACGUGCAAAGCAUUUCUUCAUCGGUGGGGACAGAAGUUUAGCUGUCGGAGUAAAAUUACUCCGUGAAAAAAAAGUAAUCGCUUUGCCAACAGACACGAUCUAUGGUCUAGCAACAUUAGCUCAAGACAGAGAGUGUGUUGAAAAAUUGUAUGAAAUAAAAGGACGGGAUAAAAAUAAGCCGUUUGCUAUUGCGGUAAAUAGUGUUAAAGACAUUAGCCGUUGGGGUCACGUGGACCAUAUUCCCCCGGAUCUUCUGCUGACGCUUUUGCCAGGACAGGUAACCAUCGUUGUAAAGCGGACUGAUAAAUUGAACCCAAAGCUAAACCCUGGAAUUGACACUAUUGGGGUUCGUGUCGCAGACAGUAAAUUUUUACGAAGUCUUGCUAAAGUAUUGAAUGAACCUUUGGCGCUGACGAGUGCUAAUCGCAGCAACGAACCGAGCAGUCUCACAACUGAAGAAUUUUCCGAGCUUUGGCCGGUUAUUGAUGGUAUUUUUUAUAACAUACCUAAUAAGCGCAAGCUCGAUGAAAAAUAUCGGGUUGGCUCGACUAUUGUUGAUCUGACUGUCUCGGGUAGGUAUAAAAUUGUACGGCCUGGAAUUGUUCUUGAUCGUACUCUAAGGUACUUACAUUAUUAUGGAUUUAAACCAGUAGAACCUUAAUUUUUUUUACGUUUAAAAAAUUAUAAUUUAAAGUUUUAUAGUUAUUUAAAA